UGGGGCGUGGCUUCGAUGACGUCGAUAGUGGGCGUGGUCCUAGAUGACGUCGGCGCGUGGGCGUGUCCGCGCCUGCGCGUUGCGCCCCGAGGCUCGCCGGGCGGCGGGGCGGCUCCCGGCGGGGCGGUGACGUCAGACGGCCCCCGCCGUGCGGGCCGGGUGACGUCAGACGACCGGAAGUUGAGGCGGGGCGGCGGCGGGGCCCGGCCCGGCGUCUCCCGGAGCCUCCGCCGGUGUCGGGGCAUCGGCAUGGGGUCGGGCGGGGGCGGCGAGUUCGGGGCGGCGCUGCGCAAGUUCAAGCUGGUGUUCCUCGGGGAGCAGAGCGUGGGGAAGACGUCCCUGAUCACCCGCUUCAUGUACGACAGCUUCGACAACACCUACCAGGCCACCAUCGGCAUCGACUUCCUGUCGAAGACCAUGUACCUGGAAGACCGCACGAUCCGGCUCCAGCUGUGGGACACGGCCGGGCAGGAGCGCUUCCGCAGCCUCAUCCCCAGCUACAUCCGAGACUCCACCAUCGCCGUCGUCGUCUACGACAUCACAAACCUCAACUCCUUCCAGCAGACCAGCAAGUGGGUGGAAGACGUGCGGACGGAGAGGGGAGGGGACGUCAUCAUCAUGCUGGUGGGGAACAAGACCGACCUGGCGGACAAGAGGCAAAUCACCCCAGAGGAGGGUGAGCAGAGAGCCAGAGAUCUCAACGUCAUGUUUAUCGAGACCAGCGCCAAGACCGGCUACAAUGUCAAACAGCUGUUCCGGCGAGUGGCCGCAGCCCUGCCCGGGAUGGACAGCGCGCCCGACCGCGGCAAAGACCACAUGAUUGACAUCAAGCUGGAAAAGCCCCCAGAGUCUCCUGUCCUAGAGGGGGGCUGCUCCUGCUGACUGCCCCCACCCCACCCACCCCUCUAUUUAUUGCCCCCCCCACCCCCCGGCACCUCCUCCGGGCCAGGCCUGCCUCACCCUCCCCAUUUCGCCCAGCCCGGUCCAGCUGUGGCCCUUUUAGGACGCCCCCCUCGUCUCAUCUCUCUCCCGCCCAGCUCCGUCCUCGAUCUCUCCCUCUGUGGUGUCUCUCCCGCCCCCCUCCCCCCCCAGCCCUAUCUCUCUCCCUCUCUGGUGUCUCUCAUCUCUCCCUCUCAGCUCUGUC